CUUUGAUGUUCUCCCUUGGAUCUCGAUCUCCUUCAGUGCAGCCAACAGACUAAAAAGAGUCCAGGGACACGCAAGAGGACACGCAAGCCAGCAACAAGAAGGAAUCAUCAUGGAAGCGACCAAUUUCCGCAGUUCGUCGGCAUCCUCUGCUUCCACACAUAUAUAACUGCAAUGGCCAGCUGGAUCGACAGAAGCCAUUUUCCCUCCAGUCAUCAGACAACAUCCUCGCCUCUACGACAGCUACCUUUUUGAUAUCUCUACUACGAAUAUAAACCUUUCUCUUGAUUUAAAGCUUCAUCGCACGUUCCAAUACCAUCAACGCCAACAGCCCAAGAUGGGUCUUAUCAGUCGAAUCUAUGGAUGCUUCCACCCACCCACACCCCCAAAGAGCAGCGAUGCUAUAAGAUUCGGCGUCUUAGGGGCGGCCGAUAUUGCUCCCCUUGCUCUCUUCAAACCUGCCAAAACGCACCCCGAGGUCAUUGUCCAGGCCAUUAGCGCCCGCGAUCGCAAAAAGGCUGAGGAGUAUGCAAAGACCCACGGCGUCCUCGAAGUCAAGGAUACCUAUCAAGAAAUUCUCGAUGAUCCCAACAUUGAUGCCGUCUUCAUCCCCUUGCCCAACGGUCUUCACUUCGAGUGGGCUGUCCGUGCCAUUCGCGCCGGCAAGCACGUCCUACUUGAGAAGCCCUGCACGUCCAACUCUACCGAAGCCGAGAUUCUUUUCAGCCUGCCUGAGCUGGAUCAGCCAGAUGAACCUGUGCUGCUCGAGGCCUUCCAUAACCGCUUCUACCCUUCUUGGGCUCUCUUUCGCUCUCUCGUCAAACCCGCCGAGAUCGAGCGUAUUGAGACGCGAUCCAUGAUUCCGUGGUGGGCUAGCAACAAGAACCAAAUUCACUUCAACUACAACCUGUCUGGCGGCGCUAUUAUGGCCAUGGGUACCUACAACUUUGCGGCCCUGCGUCUGCUCUUUGGCGACAGUCCCGAGGAAUGCGUUAGCUGCGAUGCCAAGGCUUUUACCGACGGCAUCCACGACAAGUGUGACUACGAGUUCGAGGCCACAUUUCGCUUCCCCAAUGGUGGCAUCGGUAUCGCCUCUAGCACGCUCAUGGGCGAAGCCAUCAUCAAGCCCUCUUGGGUCACUGUUUAUAUCAAGGAAGCUAUCAUCCCCAACGAUACUCUCUCAGCCGGCCAGACACAGUACCAGGAGCGUGAGCUGACUCUUCAGGGCCUCGUCCACGGUGUCUUUUGGCAUCGUAUUGAUGUUAAGGAAAUUAACGAGAUCCGCACCAAGGAGGGCGCAGUUAUAAGAAAAUGGGAAGAGACAUCGUCCCGCAAGGCUUACACCUGGAAAGAAGCUGGUGGUGAGUUUGCCAAUCUGCCUGGCGAGACCUAUUGGAUGUCGUACAGACACCAGCUGGAGCAGUUUACGCAGUACUGGGUCGAGAGGGAAGAUUCCAUUGCCCAGAUGAAGAUGGUCGACAUGGCAUAUGAGAAGAGUGGACUGGGACCUCGACCGACGAGUUGGUUCCGAUAAUGGGGAACAUGUUGAUUGCGGAGUUUCUGGCAUUAAUACAUACCCCAAAGCGCCAUUUCUAUCUAUGCAUUUGGAUGUAUCGAUUUUCUUUUGUAUAAUAUAUAUACUCAGUGUAUGGGGCCGGCUUAGCCUACUCUUCACCUUCAUCUAGUUCUAGG